AUGUACACAUCCCAUGUAAAAGACUGUAGAAGCGGAGAUGGCCUGAAGGUGGGUGUGUCUAGUGACACUAGUUGCGUACAAACAUCGAUGGAGUUGUUGACAUUAGAAACGGAUACUCUGGAGAUUGAAAUCACUACAGAUGAAAACAAUACAAUGCAUGAUGUACAUAAUGGUAGAGUCAUGACAGACAUGGCAGUGCAGACAGAUUUGACGUUUAAUGAUCUUAAGGACUGCACUGACCAAGAUCUUCAAGGGGGAAGUCUAAGCAGUACCAUCUUUGUGAAGAAUGUUACCAAGGAUGACACAUCCUGUAAAUUCUAUACAGGUACAUAUUAUAUGUCAAUUAAUUUAUAUUUCACAUCUCAGAUUUAAUACUUCAAGUCUGUUUGUACCCUAUAUACACUGAAGGACAGCUAGCUAGAAUACCAGAAAAUAGUGCAGUAAGUAUGAGCUAAUGAGUCACUUAACUUUGCAU